CGACCACCGUGUCUUCAGCCUCAACAUGAACAUCUGGGCAGACGAGGCAACCGAAGAGAGGGGCGAGAAUGCCCGUCUUUCCUCGUUCAUUGGAGCGAUGGCAUUGGGUGAUUUGGUCAAAUCAACGCUUGGACCAAAGGGAAUGAACAAGAUUCUUCAAUCGGCGUCGAACUCUGGCAUCACCGUGACUAAUGACGGAGCAACCAUUCUGAAGUCUAUCUCACUUGACAAUCCCGCUGCGAAAAUCCUCGUCAAUAUCUCGAAAGUGCAGGACGAUGAGGUUGGAGAUGGGACAACAUCAGUCUGUGUCCUCGCAUCCGAGCUGUUGAGAGAGGCAGAGAAACUCGUGACCAUUCAAAAAAUCCACCCCCAGACCGUGGCGGAGGGAUACAGAGUGGCCAGCAAAGCCGCUUUGGAUGCUCUUCAAUCUUCGGCCAUUGAUCACUCCAACGACGAGAAGCAUUUCCGUCAAGACCUCUUCAAUAUUGCUCGAACGACUCUCAGCAGUAAAGUCUUAUCAGCGGACAAGGAUUACUUUGCCAAUCUCGCUGUGGAUGCCGUCCUCAGAUUGAAGGGAUCCACAGAUUUGGAGCACAUUCAAAUCAUCAAAAAGCCAGGCGGCAAGCUCACAGACUCUUACCUGGACGAAGGCUUCAUUCUUGAUAAAUCCAUCGCGACAAAUUCCCCAAAACGCAUAGAGAAUGCCAAGAUCCUCAUUGCGAACACCUCGAUGGACACGGACAAGAUCAAGAUCUUUGGUGCCAGGGUGCGCGUAGACGGAACCAGCAAGUUGGCAGAACUGGAGCGGGCAGAAAAGGAGAAAAUGAAGGCCAAGGUCAACGCGAUCGCCUCGCAUGGUAUCACAUGUUUCGUCAACAGACAACUCAUCUACAACUAUCCCGAGCAACUGCUAGCGGAAAGUGGCAUCAUGGCCAUUGAGCACGCGGAUUUCGAGGGUGUCGAGCGUCUGGCUCUGGUCACCGGGGGCGAAAUUGCCAGUACUUUUGACGCGCCCGACAAGGUCAAAAUUGGAAGAUGUGAGGUCAUUGAGGAGAUCAUUAUUGGCGAGGACAAGUUGAUCAAAUUCUCUGGCGUCGCGGCUGGCGAGGCAUGCACUGUGGUGCUCCGAGGUGCCACCUCCCAAAUGGUCGAGGAGGCGGAGAGGUCACUGCACGAUGCUCUCUCUGUCCUCUCACAGACUGUCAAGGAGACUCGUGUGACCUUGGGAGGAGGUUGUGCAGAAAUGUUGAUGGCCUGCAAGGUGGACGAGGCGGCCAGGACAGUCAAGGGAAAGCGUGCACUUGCAGUGGAAGGCUUCGCGAGGGCAUUGAGACAGAUCCCCACCAUUCUCGCCGACAAUGGUGGAUACGACUCCUCUGACCUGGUGACUCGACUGCGCGCUGCUCAUUACGAGGGCAAGAGUGAUGCUGGUCUGGAUCUGGAUGCAGGAGCCAUUGCUUCAAUGAAGGAUCUAGGGGUCACAGAGUCAUACAAGCUCAAGAAGCAGGUCGUCGUCAGCGCCAGCGAAGCGGCGGAGAUGAUCUUGAGGGUUGACAACAUUCUACGCAGUGCGCCGAGGCGGAGAGAAGCCAUGUAGAGAACAUGUUGAAUAGAUGCAACCCUUUAGAAAAAUG